CCCCCUCCCCUCCUCCGGGCCUCCACCGCCUUCCCCCGCUGCCCGGCAGCCUCCCCUCGCUCGCUCUCCUCUUCCUCUGGGGCCCCAGCGCAGCUCGGGAGCCCGCGCACCGAGGCGCUAGGGGCGCCGCGCACUCGAGGGACACGCGUCGCGCCUGGUCAGCCCCCGGCGGGCGCCCCCUCGCACCCCCUGCCCCGCGCCGGCCGCGCUCCCCUCCCCCGCGCCUGUGUCCCAGGGGCGCAGGGCCGCGCGUCCAGCCGCAGACCCGCCGGGGGUCCCCGGGGACGCGCCAGCCCGGCAGUGGCUCGACGAUGGAGGAUCCGCAGCGCGCCCGCUCGCACACGGUCACCACCACCGCCAGCUCCUUCGCAGAGAACUUCUCCACCAGCAGCAGCAGCUUCGCCUACGACCGGGAGUUCCUCCGCACCCUGCCCGGCCUCCUCAUCGUGGCCGAGAUCGUUGGGUGUGCCUGCCGAAGCUACCUCAUUGUGUGGAACCCGAGCUGUGGUCCAGCUUUCCAGCCUCUAGUGAGAAGUAAGGCACACUGCAAGGGGAAUGUGGCAGAGGUUCUGGGGCUGCUGGUAUGGACGCUUAUCGCUGGAACUGAGUACUUCCGGGUCCCCGCAUUUGGCUGGGUCAUGUUUGUAGCUGUAUUUUACUGGGUCCUCACCGUCUUCUUCCUCAUUGUCUACAUAACAAUGACCUACACCAGGAUUCCCCAGGUGCCCUGGACAACAGUGGGCCUGUGCUUUAAUGGCAGUGCCUUCGUCUUGUAUCUCUCUGCCGCUGUUGUAGAUGCAUCUUCCGUCUCCUCCGAGAGGGACAGUCACAACUUCAACAGCUGGGCGGCCUCAUCGUUCUUUGCCUUCCUGGUCACCAUCUGCUACGCUGGAAAUACAUAUUUCAGUUUUAUAGCAUGGAGAUCCAGGACCAUACAGUGAUUUACCAUUUUGAUAAUUAAAAGGGAAAGAAAAGGAAGACUCUCACUGUAAAAACAGCUGUAGGUAUAAUGUAUAUUCCCAGAGAAUUGUAUUUAACUAAUUAAUGUUUUUUAUAUUCUUAAAUUUGCUCACAAAUUGUGGUUUGUUACAAUUAAACUGGAUACUUAUUUGCACAGUGUUGCAGCUUAUAAUGAACUCUUAAGUAUCUUAUUAAUGUAUUAAUGUCUUCAUAGAUGGUAUUUUCUUAGACAAUGUUUAAAUAGAUAAAUUGCUAAUAUCGAGAAUGUAUCAAGUUUGUAAACCUAACUUUUAAGAUGCCAGAUUCUUUUUUGAUUAAAUGUUGCAAAAUCCCAA